AAGCAGUGGCUUCGUAGGCCCGCCCAUCCCCGCUUUCAGCCGAGCGUCAGUUUUAUAACCCGCCAUCUGCCUCAAAGCACUUCUCCGUCGCGAGGAGACGGAGGCAGCAGCCCACCGGGCGGAUGCCUUCUUCUUCUUCCUCUCCGUCCUCCCUGAGACGACGAGAGUAGGGCGCUGCUGGCUGGGUCGCCCUGCAGGGGAAAGCGGAGCCACGCUGAACCGCGGCCUCGCUCUUUCUCUGAAAGGCGCUUUAGCCAGCUGAGGCUCCCGGCGGCAACGCCGCAGACAACCUCUACCCCGAAGCACGCCAGAGCCGGGCCAGCAUCCGCGAGCUCCAGAAGCAGCGCCCAAACACUGCUCCGCCCUCGCCGGGCCAGAUCCCUCCCUGCUCGGGCAGCGGAUGCUUUAAAGACUCGUCCCCGAGCCGCGCGGCUGUUAAGUGAUUGGCUGCCGCCGGCCUGCUCUUGUUCUUGUUCGCUCCUUGGCGCCCGGCUUUCGUUCGCCUCAGGGGAGCGGGGGGGGGCAUAAGCGGAGGGCCCAGCGGAGGCUGACUGGCCCGAGGUAGCAAGGCGUUACACACGUGUCACGACUGCGUUGGCUUAUUCAGACUGAGACAGGGAAAGUGUAGGUCUGUGUAGAAUCGGCCAGUCGGCUUCCUCCUCCCCUCCGCGGUCCCCCAGGGAGCGCUGUCGCCUUGACGGCAGAGAUACGAAGCGUGUGGCGUUGCUGCUUCCAGCCGUCCCUGAGACUUCGGGAGACGGACCGAGGGUGGUCCUUGUCUGUGGGGACGUGAGAAACGAAAGGACUUCAUUGAACCAGCCAGAACCGCAAGAAGGUCUAUUUCGGCCCGCAUUGUCGCCACCCGAGGAGAAGCAGAAACCAUGGAAGCAAAGCCUGUGCAGCAAGCUUCGCGAGCUUCGUCCCCGCCGCCCCGCUCUGGCUCGCCGAAGCUCCAAGCUGCAGCGGCAGGAGGAGGAGCCGCCGAUGCAGCAGCAUCCACGGGAGCGGUGGAAGCAUCUCGUCUGCCGGCGAGUGACGGGGAUGCGACGGCUGGCACAGGCGGCUCCUCGUCGGACCCCGGGAGCGGAUUGGCUCCUGCCUCUGCAGCCGCUGGAGAUGGGCUGUGCAGACCUCUGGGUCCCACACCCAGCCAGAGCCGCUUUCAGGUGGACCUGGUGGCAGAAAACUUGAGUCGUGCGGCUGUGGCAGAAGAGGCGAAGACCACGGAAGCGACUCCCGAAGUUCCCGGUGAUGGGCAUAAGAAAAGCAGUGAGGAAGCAAAAGGUCGGUUCCGGGUGAAUUUCGUGGACCCCUCCGCUGGAGAUGACAGCUCUGAUGAACCUGGAGGUGGGGGCCCAGAAGGCUGCAGCGUCAGCUUCCAGAAUGGUGGUGACACAGUUCUGAGUGAAGGGAGCCUACAUUCCGGGGGAGGCUCAGGAGGGCACCAUCACUACUAUUAUGACACUCAUACGAACACGUACUAUCUGCGCACCUUCGGCCACAAUACCAUCGAUGCCGUGCCAAGGAUAGACUAUUAUCGGCAUACUGCUGCUGGUCUAGGAGAGAAACUUAUUCGACCCAGCCUUGCAGAGUUGCAUGAUGAGCUGGACAAGGAGCUAUUUGAAGAUGGCUAUGCAAAUGGAGAAGAAGGAACACCUACUGGAGAAGUCACUGCAGCAUAUACUGCUGAUAGCAAAGGGAUUGUCAAAUUUGGUUGGAUUAAAGGUGUAUUGGUACGAUGUAUGUUGAAUAUCUGGGGGGUGAUGCUCUUCAUUCGACUAUCCUGGAUUGUAGGACAAGCUGGCAUAGGACUUGCUGUCUUGGUUAUUGCAAUGGCCACUGUUGUAACUACUAUCACAGGCUUGUCUACAUCAGCUAUAGCUACCAAUGGUUUUGUGAGAGGAGGAGGUGCAUAUUAUCUCAUUUCCAGAAGCUUGGGGCCAGAAUUUGGCGGUGCUAUAGGCUUAAUCUUUGCAUUUGCUAAUGCUGUUGCCGUAGCCAUGUAUGUAGUCGGUUUUGCAGAGACUUUUGUUGACCUACUUGAGGAACAUGAAUUGCUUAUGCUGGAUCCAAAUAAUGAUAUCAGAAUUAUAGGAGCAAUUACAAUUGUUGUUUUAUUAGGCAUCUCGUUAGCAGGAAUGGAAUGGGAAGCUAAAGCACAGAUUGUUCUGCUGGUGAUAUUACUAAUAGCUAUUGCUGACUUCAUCAUAGGAACAUUUAUUCCGUUUGAGAACAAAAAGCCUCAAGGAUUUUUUGGUUACAAAGCUGAAAUAUUUUCAGAAAACUUUGGACCAGAUUUCAGAAAAGAAGAAACUUUCUUUUCAGUAUUUGCUAUAUUUUUCCCAGCUGCAACAGGCAUUUUAGCUGGUGCAAAUAUCUCAGGUGAUCUUGCGGAUCCUCAAUCAGCCAUACCUAAAGGGACACUGCUAGCCAUCUUAAUCACUACAGUGGUUUACAUGGGAGUAGCAGUAUCAGUAGGUUCCUGUGUUGUUCGGGAUGCCACCGGGAGCCUUAAUGACACAAUUGUUAAUGAGCUGACAAACUGUACAUCAGCAGCUUGUAAACUAAAUUUUGAUUUCUCUUCCUGUGAAAAGACAAAAUGUUCUUAUGGGCUAAUGCAUGAUUUCCAGGUAAUGAGCAUGGUAUCAGGAUUUGCCCCAUUGAUAACAGCUGGUAUAUUUUCUGCAACUCUUUCUUCAGCGUUAGCAUCUCUUGUCAGUGCACCUAAAAUUUUUCAGGCAUUGUGCAAAGACAAUAUUUAUCCGGGUUUCCUGAUGUUUGCUAAAGGCUAUGGGAAAAAUAAUGAACCUUUACGAGGGUAUCUUCUCACUUUUUUGAUUGCUCUUGGAUUCAUAUUAAUUGCUGAAUUGAAUGUAAUUGCUCCAAUUAUCUCCAAUUUCUUCUUGGCUUCCUAUGCUUUAAUUAAUUUUUCCGUGUUCCAUGCUUCACUGGCAAAAUCACCAGGCUGGCGUCCUGCUUUUAAAUAUUACAACAUGUGGAUAUCUUUAAUUGGAGCAAUUCUCUGCUGCAUAGUCAUGUUUGUUAUUAACUGGUGGGCAGCACUGCUCACAUAUGUUAUUGUUCUGGGACUCUACAUUUAUGUAACUUACAAGAAGCCAGAUGUGAACUGGGGUUCCUCAACUCAAGCUUUGACUUAUCUGAAUGCUUUGCAGCAUGCUGUCCGCCUUACUGGUGUGGAAGACCAUGUAAAAAACUUCAGGCCACAAUGCCUUGUCAUGAGUGGUGCUCCAAGCUCACGUCCAGCUUUGCUUCAUCUGGUCCAUGCCUUCACCAAAAAUGUAGGAUUGAUGAUCUGUGGUCACGUACAUAUGGGUCCCCGCAGGCAAGCCAUGAAGGAAUUGUUAGCUGACUUGGCUAGGUACCAACGGUGGCUUAUUAAAAACAAAAUGAAAGCGUUUUAUGCUCCAGUACAUGCAGAAGACCUGAGAGAUGGUGCACAGUACUUAAUGCAAGCUGCAGGCUUAGGAAGAAUGAGGCCAAAUAUUCUUGUUGCUGGAUUCAAGAAGGAUUGGCAGUCAGCUGAUAUGAAUGAUGUUGACAUCUACAUCAAUUUAUUACAUGAUGCUUUCGACUUUCAGUAUGGAGUGGUUGUCAUCCGUCUGAGGGAAGGUUUGGAUAUAUCUCAUCUUCAGGGACAAGAAGAAUUAUUGUCAUCCCAAGAGAAAUCACCAGUAACCAAAGAUAUUAUAGUAAAUGUGGACUACAGCAAGAAGACUGAUAUGGUAACUUCUAAACCUGUUAGUGAAAAAGGACCUAUUCAUAAAGAAGAAGAAGAAGAUAUCAAGACUCCAACACAGCCACUUUUGAAAAAAGAUCCUAAGGGCCCGUCUGUUCCUCUGAACUUGGCUGAUCAAAAGCUGCUUGAUGCAAGUUCCCAAUUUCAGAAAAAGCAAGGCAAAAAUUACAUUGAUGUUUGGUGGCUCUUUGAUGAUGGGGGCUUAACACUUUUGAUUCCAUAUCUUCUGACAACCAAGAAAAAAUGGAAAGACUGCAAGAUCAGGGUGUUCAUUGGUGGAAAAAUAAAUAGAAUUGACCAUGACAGAAGAGCGAUGGCAACAUUACUUAGCAAAUUUCGGAUAGACUUUUCAGAUAUCAUGGUCCUUGGUGAUAUCAAUACAAAACCAAAGAAAGAAAAGUAAGUUGCACAGUAAUUUCCAAUAUUAAUUUCUAUGUAAUUUAAAUGAGAUAUUACAAUAAUAUUUAGAU